GAGGAGCCAGGGUACAGCCGUAGGUCAAUGGACCCCAGGGGCAUCUUAAAAGCAUUUCCCAAGAGAAAGAAAAUACAUGCCAGUCCACCAUCAAGUGCAUCUGCAAAGAUCCCCAAGAGGCAAGAGGAAGAAGCAGGAGGAUGGAUGAGCUCUCUGAGGGCCCACGUUGUGCCCACCGGCAUUGGACGGGCCCGGGCAGAACUCUUUGAGAAGCAGAUUAUCCAGCACGGUGGGCAGGUUUGCUCUGCCCAGGCCCCAGAGGUCACGCACAUCGUGGUGGACGAAGCCAUGGACUGUGAGCGGGCCCUGCGCCUCCUCAGACUGCCUCGGCUGCCCCCGGGGGCUCAGCUGGUAAAGUCAGCCUGGCUGAGCUUGUGCCUGCAAGACAAAAGGCUGGUGGACACAGCCGGCUUCUGCAUCCCCAUCUCCAGCAGGUACUUGGACCAAUCACAGCCCAGCCAGGCAGACCAAGACUCUUCUGCUCCUCAUGGGACCCACGAGGUUCUGCUGAAGACAGCUGUCUCUCCUCCCAGUAGAGCUGUGUCUCCUCCCCAGAAGGCAGAAGAGGCAUCAAGUACCUACGCUCAGCCCAGCUCCGAUGAUGAAACCAGUGAUGUGGAAGGGCCCCCUGUGAGUGCAGCUGAUCUGGAAGCUCUGAUCCGGGGCCACUACCCCACCCCACCUGAGGAAAACAGCGGGCCCAGCCCAGCCCCAGAGACCCUGGCUAAGUGGGUCUGUGCACAGCCCUCCAGCCAGAAGGUGACCAACCACAACCUACACAUCACAGAGAAGCUGGAAGUGCUGGCCAAUGCCUACAAUGUUCAGGGAGACAAAUGGAGGGCCCUGGGUUAUGCCAAAGCCAUCAAUGCCCUCAAGAGCUUCCACAAGCCUGUCAGCUCCUACCAGGAAGCCUGCAGCAUUCCUGGGGUUGGGAAGCGGAUGGCUGAGAAGAUCGUGGAGAUCCUGGAGAGUGGGCAUCUGCGGAAGUUGGACCAUAUCAGCGAAAGUGUGCCUGUUUUGGAACUCUUCUCCAACAUCUGGGGAGCUGGGACCAAGACUGCCCAGAUGUGGUACCAUCAGGGCUUCCGGAGCCUGGAAGACAUUCGCAACCUGGCCUCCCUGACUGCCCAGCAAGCCAUCGGCCUGAAGCAUUACAAUGACUUCCUGGAACGCAUGCCCAGAGAGGAAGCUGCAGAGAUCGCGCACACAGUCUGUGUGGCAGCCCAGGCCUUCAAUCCGGGGCUGUUAUGCGUGGCGUGUGGCUCCUACCGCCGGGGGAAGCCGACCUGCGGAGACAUGGACGUGCUCGUCACUCACCCGGACGGCAGGUCCCACCAGGGCAUCUUCAGUCGCCUUCUGGACAAACUCAGGCAGCAAGGGUUCCUCACAGACGACUUGGUGAGCCAGGAGGACAACGGGCAGCAGCAGAAGUACCUGGGUGUGUGCCGGCUCCCGGGCCCAGGGCGGCGGCACCGGCGCCUGGACGUCAUCGUGGUGCCCUACAGCGAGUUUGCCUGUGCCCUGCUGUACUUCACCGGCUCGGCCCACUUCAACCGGUCCAUGCGGGCUCUGGCCAAGACCAAGGGCCUGAGCCUGUCGGAGCACGCGCUCACAGCUGUGGCCCGCAGCCCUCAAGGCUGGAAGGUGGGGCCUGGCCGAGUGCUGCCCACCCCCACGGAGAAGGACGUCUUCCAGCUCCUAGGCCUGCCCUACCGGGAGCCAGCUGAGCGGGACUGGUGACCAGGGCUGAGGGCAACCCCCGGCCGCCCAGCACCCCUCCAACCUCAGCUGGCUGAGCCUCCCUACUGCAGCCCCCGCUGUGCUAUGCUGGGGAGCCUGCGCCUGGUCUCGGCCGGCCGUGAGCGAAGGAGCAGGCCGGGCUCCCGGUGCAGGGGUCUCUCUGGCUUGAGGCUGCCCCCGUGGAGCACUGCGCACUCCCUGUCACACACUGCCCUGCCUCGUGGUGAGCAGCAGUGGGUGGCUGGUUCGCAGCCAGCUUCCUGUGCUUCCCCCCCCAACCUGAGAAAGAUCUAGCUGCUGGGGGAGAAGGAAGCAGCUGCGGUCUAGCAUCAGCCAAGGCCCUCCGAGGGGGAGGACGAGCCCUUCCGCAUGUGCUCCCUCUCAGCUGCUUCCUGUGCAGCUGGAGCUGCUGGGAAGCGGUGCCCCUGGCUCUGGGAGGGCAGUGUGCGAAGGCCCAGGGGCCCAGUAAAGUGCAUUGGACAUGG